AUGGAACGAAAGAAAGUCUUAGCUCUUUCUAACAGAAAAGAGUUUCUAGAGACUUUGCGAGACAUCUCAAGUCUUCGAGGAGAUUGUACCGUAAAACUGGACAAGGAAAAGAAGAACUACUUUGACACUCCACCAAAGACAAGUGAAUUGUUCAUUUCUGUGAAUGAUAGGAAAAACGGAGAUAAAAUCUUAACAAUGGGAAGAUCCUUUGAUGGAGAGUACUUGGAAUUGAUGGAAUUUACAAUCCUGGAGAGUAAACCAAUAAAAGAAAGCAAGAUGAAACCAGAGAUCGGUGCUAAGUAUUUCCUGGUGUUCCAAGGAGUAGAUGAUCCGAGAAUUCAAAAUUUUUUUAUCGAUUUUUUGAACUGUGGUGGUAAAGAGGUUUCUUUAGAUUGUGUUUUGUAUUCCUUUAUAAUUAGUAGAAUAGGAGAUACACUUUACACUGUGAAGUAUGUCAAGAUAUUAGACAGUGGAUUGGAAGAAGUGGGCCCAUCCUUUCUUUUAGAAUCCAAAAGGAUGUACUUCUGUGAUGAAGAGACAUUUAAGAGGGCUUGCUACCAGGAAAGACCAAAGAAAGCUAGAAAUGUCAAAAAGAACGAAUUUAAUGAUAGAAUUGGAAGGGUUCACAUUGAAAAGCAGGACUUGAGAGAUAUCAGAAUUAGGAAGAAGGGUGGGUAUAAAGAUAUGGGUUAA